AUGAUGUUUGCAGAUGAUACCGUGCUCUGCUGCGAGGGUGGACAAGAACUGGAAGAUAACCUAGAACUGUGGAAGUUUGCAUUGGAAAGGAGGGGAAUGAAGGUGAGCAGAGCGAAAGGGAAAAUCUGCAGGACCUGUGUCAGACCAGCUAUGUUGUAUGGUAUGGAGACUGUACCAGUGACAAGAUUUCAAGAAACGAAAAUGGAUGUGGCAGAAAUUAAAAUGUUGCGCUUCUCACUAGGACUGACGAGAAAGAACAGAAUUAGAAACGAGAAAGUGAGGGAGGUGUUCAGCGUGGGGAGGUCUGGAGGCAAAGCUAGAGAGUGGAGACUAAGAUGGUUUGACCACGUAAGAAGAAGGGGCGCGGAAUACGUGGGGGACAGAAUGCUGGGGAUGAAACCACCUGGGAAACGGAAGAGAGGAAGACCAAAGAGACGGUACAUGGACACGAUGAACGAAGACCUGGUCCAAGUGGGUGUUACAGAAAUGGAUGUGCAGGACCGGCUGAGGUGGAGAAGAAUGAUCCGCUGUGGCGACCCCUGA